GGGGCCGGAGUUCCAAGUUGAACCGGCCAGUCACUUGCCUGUCAUCACACUGCUUGUCUGUUCACUGGGGAAGGAGACUUAGGCUGGGGUCCUGCACAAACUGGAACCCUAUGGGGUCUCUGUGGGCACUGAGGCGGAACAGCAGGAGCAGCUGUCCUUUUAGCCGCCUUUGUUACUGAGAGAAGGGGGGAAAUGGUCACAUGAUUGUCCCUGUCCCGAAAAGAGAAAGGGAAGGACUCAAGCGGGAAGGAGCUUUGAGAUACUGCAUGUGCCUUAUCUGAAUGGACUGGGGAGAGGACUGGAUUUCUCAGAAAGAUUCAGCUGACAUGAGCACAGGCUUGCAGGAGCAGCUGGCACAAUGAGCUGGAGCUUCUUGACGCGCCUCCUAGAAGAAAUCCAUAACCACUCAACUUUUGUGGGCAAGAUUUGGUUGACUGUUCUGAUUGUCUUCCGCAUUGUGUUGACUGUUGUGGGAGGAGAGUCCAUCUACUACGAUGAGCAAGCCAAGUUUGUGUGCAACACUGGGCAACCGGGCUGCGAGAACGUGUGUUAUAAUGCGUUUGCUCCCCUCUCCCACGUUCGCUUCUGGGUUUUCCAAAUCAUCUUAGUGUCUACACCAUCCCUCUUUUACCUCGGAUACGCCAUCCACAAAAUAGCAAGGACGGAGGACCACAUGGAGCAAGAAAGAAGGACAAAGCACAGAAUGUUCCCGAUGCGCUGGAAGCAGCAACAAGGCAUAGGGAAUGCUGACGAUGACAAUGAAGAGGACCCCAUGAUGUACCCCGAAACUGACAUUGUAAGCGAGAGGAGCAAGCGUGAAUGUAUGCACAGCAGGGUAAAACACGACGGGCGACGGCGCAUCCAUGCUGAUGGACUGAUGAGGAUUUACGUUCUUCAGCUACUUUUCAGAACAUUUUUUGAAGUGGGAUUUCUGGCUGGACAGUUCUUCCUGUAUGGGUUUGAAGUCACCCCAAUAUAUGUGUGUGAUACAAAGCCUUGCCCUCACAAUGUGGAUUGCUUCAUAUCUCGACCCACUGAAAAGACCAUAUUCUUGCUUAUUAUGUAUGGAGUAAGCGGCCUUUGCUUGCUCCUCAAUGUCUGGGAAAUGCUCCACCUCGGGUGCGGGGCGAUACUUGACGCGAUUAACAGUAGGAAGAAGGAGUCUGAUGAUACCUCUGCUUACAAUUACCCUUUCACGUGGAACACCCCAUCAGCUCCCCCCGGGUACAAUAUUGUUGUGAAACCUGAUCAAAUACAGUUCACAGAUCUCUCAAAUGCCAAAAUGGCUUACAAACAGAACAGGGCCAACAUCGCUCAGGAGCAACAAUAUGGCAGCAGUGAGGACAAUAUCCCCGCCAGUCUGGAGCACUUGCAACGGGAAAUCAGGGUUGCUCAGGAGAGGCUACAAAUGGCCAUCCAAGCCUACAACAGCCAAAGCCAUCUGCCCUCCUCCAAAGAAAAGAAGAUCAAGAAGGGCUCCAACAAGAGCAGCGUCAGCAGCCGCUCUGGGGAUGGAAAGAUGUCUGUGUGGAUUUAAUGUGAGUGCUGAUGACUUGUCUCCGGGAGGAAAAGCGAGCAGAGUAAUAACUUCCAUUCGUGUAAAUAUUUUGGAUUUGUUACUAUUUAAAGUGACUCACACGGCAAAGGGCCGGGGCUAUAGACAAUAAUAAAGACACUGAAUCUGCAGAACGUUAAACGUCUUCUUAUUGUAGCAGAUCCCAUGGCUCUGACGUAAGUGUCGGAUAGGGAUGGUACCACAGUACUAAGCCUAGCGCCUCUUUUUUAUUGGACGUUUUAUUCUGUCUUUUUUUAUAAUGACCGUAAACUGCUUAUUUACCCCAUUUGUUUUUGUUUUUUUUAUGUGUUGGAUACCCGCCCCCUCUCACCAACCGGAUGAGUCAAAGCAAAAAAGAAGGCUGAAUGUUAAGUUUCUGAGCCUGUGUUAAAUAAGUGCAUUAAACAUUCUGCUUCCGGAC